AUGACAGAUCUUUGCUGCGCACAUAUCCUCGUCAAACACACCGGAUCGCGUAAUCCACACUCUUGGAGAGAAAAGAAUAUCACACGAACAAAAGAUGAGGCAAUGAAAAAACUGAAAAUCUUGAGAGAGCAAAUAACUAGUGGCCAAAAAGAUUUCAGAAAGACUGCAAUGAUCGAGUCCGACUGUGGGAGCAGCACAAAUGGCGGCCUUCUCAAUGGAAAGACAGACCAAUUCCAGAAACCGUUUUCUGACGCUUAUCUUAAACUUCAGAUUGGAGAGGUUAGUGACAUCGUUGAGACUGAUUCUGGCGUUCACAUUAUUCUGAGACUUCCUCUUGGGACACUUUAA